GAACACAUCACCAGCUCGCCUUUAGAGAGGUGACUUUAAAACAGAUGUAGUUAACUUUAAAUUUCUUAUUCUGUCCUAACAAGCAGGUGAACGAACAUGAGGGAAUACAGGUGUCAAAGUUUCAAGGGUUUAAUUUUCAGAAAUCCUGCUGUUGUCGACCAGGAUCCACGUGUGGACGAUGGGGAUGAGAAUACUGAGCGUGGUAACUGGACCAGCAAGAAGGAGUACAUUCUCUCUAUGAUCGGAUAUGCUGUUGGUCUGGGAAAUAUCUGGAGAUUUCCGUAUUUGGCAUACAAGAAUGGAGGGGGUGCCUUUCUUAUCCCAUAUUUCGUGAUGUUGGUGGUGGUUGGAAUUCCUCUUUUCUUCUUGGAAAGUGCCUUUGGUCAAUUCUGCAGCCAAGGUCCAGUUAAUGUAUGGAGAGCAGUGCCAUUAAUACAGGGUACUGGUGUUGCCAUGGUUGUGGUGUCUCUAAUAGUGUCUAUUUAUUACAACGUCAUCAUCGCCUACAGCCUGUACUACAUGUUCGCCUCCAUGCAGUGUCCUCUGCCGUGGUCCGGCUGUUCCAGCUGCGAUGGCAGUAACUGCAGCACCACGCCUGAAGUGUCCUGUAAUGUAAGCAGUGUUUUGGUUACCAACUGGACUCAGGAAAACAGCAGCUGCUCUUCGAUACAGACUCCGAGUGAACUGUACUGGGAUAAUGUGGCUUUGCAGAGGUCCGGUGGUCUUGAUGAAACGGGGCCAGUAGUUUGGCACUUGGCUCUCUGUCUGCUGCUGACCUCCAUACUUGUUACUGCUGCGCUCAUCAGAGGCAUCAAAUCAUCAGGCAAAGUUGUGUAUUUCACUGCUACCUUCCCUUACGUGGUGAUUGUGAUCCUGCUGAUCAGAGGUGUGACUCUAGAGGGAGCCAAAGAUGGGAUUGACUUCUACAUUGGUUCUCAGUCCAAUCUGACCAAACUGACUGAAGUUCAGGUGUGGAAAGAUGCAGCAACUCAGAUCUUCUAUUCUCUCUCUAUUGGCUGGGGUGGACUCAUGGCUCUUGCUUCCUAUAACAACUUUCACAACAACGUGUUCAAGGACUCGUUUGUUGUCACCCUUACUAAUGCAGGGACCAGUGUGCUUGCAGGCUUUGCCAUAUUUUCAAUUUUGGGACAUAUGGCUCACAUCUACAAAACGCCAGUUUCAAAAGUGGUAAAGGAAGGGUUUGGUCUGGCUUUCAUAGCCUAUCCAGAUGCUCUGUCUAAGCUCCCCAUCUCCCCGUUGUGGUCCAUUUUGUUCUUCUUCAUGCUUUUGACUGUUGGUUUGGACUCCCAGUUUGCAGGAAUAGAGGUGAUAACGACCUGCCUGCUCGACGCUUUCCCCACAGUCUUCAAAUCCAAACAUGCCUUAUUAACUGUAACGUUAUGUUCUAUCCUCUACCUCCUGGGUUUACCAUGUGUCACAAGGGCAGGAAUAUACUGGGUAACCCUAAUUGACCAGUUUGUUGCCAGCUGGGUGCUGCUAUUUUUGGUGCUUUUGGAGAUUAUUGCCAUCUCCUACAUUUACGGAGGAAACCGUUUUAUCAAAGACAUUGAGAUGAUGAUUGGAAUGAAGACUUCCACAUUUUGGCUGUGGUGGAGAGCAUGUUGGUUCUUCAUCAGCCCCUGCAUCAUAGUGUUCCUCUUGAUCUCGUCUCUGGUUUACUUUGAACCCCCUAACUAUGGAGGAAUCCCGUACCCAGACUGGGGCAUGACUUUAGGCUGGUGCAUGAUUGCAUUUGUCCUGAUGUGGAUCCCUGUUGUUGCUGGGUAUAAGCUGAUAAAAGCAAAGGGAAACCCCUGGAAGCGUCUGAAGUCACUGUGCUCGCCAUCUGAGGAAUGGCAUCCCUAUUUGGACGUCCAUCGAGGGGAGCGUUACUCAGAAGAACGCUGCCACCGUAGGAACAACAGCAAAAAUAAAGCAGAAGUUAAUCUGAAUGUAAUCUCCAGUUCGUGGCUAUAAUGAGGCUUCUCCUGUGUUUGCUCUAUGAAUACCUUGUUUUGAACGUUCUGAAAGUUAAGUCAUUUUUGACCUCUGGGAGGCAGAAAGCAGCCCGAAUAUAAACUCACAGCAGACUGCACAGAACUUACAUGUUAACUUCCUGAAACCUGAGCGCUCUUUGGGAUGUAUUUUUAAUUUCUACAGUCUGUUUGGUAAUAGUUGGAUCAGCAUUAUCUUUGAAAAGAAAAAAAAGAAAAGAAAAACUAUGUCCUUCGACAGGGAGAAUGGGUUUAUUUAAGAGCACAAUGCAAUCAAGUCAACAUUGCAAACAAAGUAUGAACACUUUACUGAGCAGAAUGCAUAACAGCUGAGAUCUAAUGUUCCCAAAUGAGGAUGUGGACUCUUCUUACUAUCUAAACAUGUCUUCUUUCUUCUUUUAGGAGAAAUGUCUGGGUCUUCUCCCCUGUCUUUAUGACCUAUUGUAUAUACUACUGUAUAUGUCCUGCUCAGUGCUGGUCAAGUUACUCGAAAAAAGUAAUCAGUUACUAAUUACUGAUUACUUCCCCGAAAAAGUAAUCCCGUUACUUUACUGAUUACUUAUUUUCAAAAGUAAUUAAUUACUUAGUUACUUAGUUACUUAUUAAAAAGACGA